AAAAAAAUUCAUUCUAAGAACUUCCUUACAAAUUUACGUUAAAUUUCGUCACUAUUACCACUGUUUAUCACUACUGACGAAAUAGGCCGUUAGUGAAAGUUAGUUAUUCAUUAGCAUUGUCUUUGAAUGAAAACUAACUGAACAUCAGUAGCAUUCCAUUUAAACGUUUUUCUUCUUUUAUUUUCUUUGUCGUUGAAUGUUGGGCAAUUGUUGCAUUAGAAAUGGCAGCUUACAUCAAACUUUGAUCACUUUACUUGAUCAAUUUCAACCCAACUCAUUUUCAUUUUCAGUGGUGAAGCAAAUUCAUGCUCUUUUGAUAGUUUCUGGGUUUUCAAAGCAACAUCUUUUUGCCUCCAAACUCUUCUCUCUCUUCGCAGAUUCAGGCAAUGCCGAUUACACUCACCAUUUAUUGCUACACAACCCCAGUCCCUCUGUUGUACACUGGAACAGAGUUAUCAGGAGUUUUUCUAACAAUUCAACUCCCAACAAAUCCAUCAAAGUUUUUGUGGAAAUGCAGCAAUUUGGGAUCAUCCCAGAUCAUUACACCUUCCCUUUCCUCGUCAAGGCCUCGGCACGCCUCGCUUCGAUUGAACAUGGGAUGUCACUGCAUUCUCUUGUAUUGAAAUCUGGGUAUCAGCUGGAUAUCUUCGUUCAGAAUUCUCUGAUUCAUAUGUAUGCAGCAUGUGGGGAGAUAUUGUAUGCACGCAAGGUGUUUGAUGAAAUGCGUCAGAGGACGAAUGUGACAUGGAAUUCAAUGCUAGAUGGGUAUGCUAAGUGCGGGGAUUUGAAGAGAGCCCGUGAAGUCUUUGAGUUUAUGCCCGAUAAGGAUAUCGUGUCGUGGAGCUCUCUUAUUGAUGGGUAUGUUAAAGGUGGUGAGUAUGGAGAAGCUUUGAAGGUUUUUGAUAGGAUGAUGGUGGCAGGGGAACCUAAGGCUAAUGAGGUGACUAUGGUGAGUGUUCUAGGUGCUUGUUCUCAUUUAGGUGCUCUCGAGCAAGGGAGAUUGAUGCAUCGUUACAUAGUCGAGAAUAAGCUAUCCUUAAAUCUUGUGUUGCUAACUUCUCUUGUGGACAUGUAUGCCAAAUGUGGAGCCAUAGAGGAGGCCUUGGUUGUGUUUAGAACGAUACCAAAGCAUAAAACUGAUGUUUUACUUUGGAAUGCCAUUAUUGGAGGGCUUGCGAGCCAUGGCUAUGUCCAAGAGUCGCUAGAAUUGUUCGUAGAAAUGUCAAAAGUACGAGUUGCACCCGAUGAAAUAACUUAUUUGUGUCUCUUAUCUGCUUGUGUACAUAGAGGAUUGGUGAAGGAGGCUUGGGAGAUUUUCGAGUCUCUUAAGAGAAAUGGCAUGAUACCCAAGUCUGAGCAUUAUGCUUGUCUGAUAGAUGUUAUGGCAAGGGCAGGUCAGGUGGGUGAAGCUUAUGAUUUUCUGAACGAAAUGCCUCUGGAUCCUACGCCUGCAAUGUUGGGUGCGCUCCUUAGUGGUUGUAUGAGCCAUGGAAGGUUAGACCUUGCUGAACUACUCGGAAAGAGGCUUGUUGAAGUUGACCCUCAUCAUGAUGGCAGAUAUGUGGGUUUGUCUAAUUUAUAUGCUACAAUCAAGCGUUGGGAUGAUGCGAAGAUGAUGAGGCAAGCUAUGGAUAUUACAGGGGUGAAGAAGUUUCCUGGAUUUAGCUAUGUUGAAAUUUCAGGGAAACUUGAGAUGUUCAUAGCACAUGAUAAAAGACAUCCAAAGUCAGUAGAUAUUUAUAUGAUGGUAAAUUUUCUUUUGAGGCAAAUGAAGAAGGUUUCAGAUUGUGAUGAAGGCAACACGUUAUACUAGAUUGCUUGAGAUCUGGGUAUUGAACUCUUCAAGCAAUAUUCAUGCACUAAGACACAUGGGUGGAGACGUCGAGACAUGUUCAUAACGGUGGGACUUGGGAUCCAUCCGAUGUUUUCUGGUCUAGUCCUGAAUAUAUUAGAAGGUAAACAAAAACAUCUUUAUGAUCUUGGCUUCUUGGGUUAAAGUGAACUAGUUAAAUACCCAGUUUAUGAGGAUCUCUCUACUCAAACAUUAGACUUGUUCAUUCAAUCUAAUCCCGUAAGUAUCUACCUAUUCUCUCGUAUUCAAUUAGAAGCCCUUUUGAUUUUUAUUCGUUUCACCUAAUGCAUCCACUAUACACCUUGAUGAUACAUUCACUACUAUUUUCUGCUUGUUUGAAACUCUUCUGUUCUGGUUAUUGAUUUACUUAUUUGGAGGCGCCUCCAAAUAAACACAUGAACAAGAAAAUAUUCUAGGACCAUGCGCACGAUAUAUACACCCCAUGCAUUAUAGAAAUUAUAUUGAAAGACAAGUUGUAAUGAACUGGAUAUUUGGGACACUAAAAUCAAAGAAGAUGAAGAUGAUUUUGAUUGAUAAAAAUGGAAAUAACAGAAAAUAAAGAUAGAUUAUCAAGUUUUCGAGUGACUUGACACACUCCCAAAGCUAACAACUAAAAUGAAAUUUCCAAUAUUUUCUUGAUGAUCUUUUCCUUCCCUAAUAUCCUGUAUUUAUAGUCUACUUGUCUUAUUCCCCUAGCUCACAUAUUAACUAGAGUAUAUUACGAAAAUACCCCUGCCCACCUAGGCUAGUCUAUUACACAAGUUCAACUUGGACAAUAGAGGAAAAACUAACCAACUAAUAAGCCAUGUUGAGGGGGAAGAUAACUUACUAUAGCAUUUCAGAAUAGGUACUGUCCCAUCUUCAAGGAGCUGAAAACUGAGAACAUUUCCAGGCUUGAGACAGUUUGCAGCCUGAAAAUAUUUCCAUCCUUGCACAAUGUAAGGUUGACCGUUAUCUUUCCUAAAACUCAGCUUUGCUUUCCAAGACAUUUCUUCUCCAUCUACAAGCGUAAUGUUACAGUUUCUAUUUAGAAGACCACUUGAUCUCACAAAGCGCAUAGGAAGAUACUGCAUAAGUGAUCAUGAGUUAUGACAAAACAUCCAAAUAAUGUGGAAAAACUUAAGAAUACCAAGUUGUUAUGUGUACUGUAGCCAAUUACACUAAGGGAAUUACCCUGUUUGGCAAUUAACAGAUAUACUAUAACUGCUAGUUGAUCUCAUUUCCUAUUGGUUUAUUUUACUAUUGUAUAAUAUUACCUAUAAUGAAAUACAUGACUUAACUUGAAUGUCUUUUUCACUUCGCCUUUUAGAUCUCAAAACUAGAGCUAUUUCUUGUGAAAAAAAGCUCAUUUUCUUAAUUUUUGAAAAUUACAGGAUUGAAUCUAAAUCACUUUUCUAAUAAGCUAUUCGCCAAACACAAUUAGACACAUAAGACCUUUAAAACGACCCUAAUCCUUUUUUUUUUUUUUUUACUUUUGGCCAGUAUUCUCUUUAUCAGACACCCUGGCUUUGGUGUUAGGGAACUGAAGUUCACAUUUCAAAAAUAUACAUGCUGACAAUAAGUAACAGUAAUACUCCAAUGAGUGGUUUUUGAUUUUGUUACUCCUCUCUUUUUUUCGUAGAUUUCUGAUGCACAAUAUUAAUCAUGAAUAUCUUUAAUUACUCUGACAACAUCUACAUCACUAUUAUUCUAAUAAGCUUCUAUUUGUGGGUAGUUAAGGCCACAGAAGUAGAAGAGGGAGAACAAACGUACACUGAGGGAGUAUGUAUCAGUUUUAUGUCUUGUCCAAAAAAGUAUUUAUGUAACAAAUCAGGAGAUCUUGUAAAGUUUAUAUCUUUGGGUGCAUUCUCAUAUGUUUGAUCUGGGAAUCAACAUGGAUCAUAUGGCCUAUGCUUGAGUCCUAUAUGCACAAAAAUGACUUCAUAUACAUUCUAAACUUCCAAUAUCCAAGCUCAUUUCAUAGCUCUAAUAAAAGUUCACAUUAGUUCAGAUAAAUGAAUUUCAGGUAACAGUGAAAUGCCCCUAUAUCAUGAUAAUAUCUGCUAUGAACAAAUAGGAAAAACUUACAAUAAUUUUUCUAUUGAAGCUACUGAGAGUAAGAGUCACUUGACAACUUGGAAAUUGGGUUUGAUCAGAUGAUGGUACUUCUGUAGCAGCAAUUUCAGCUUCCAACUGUGUUCUUUUGCAAGUAGUGUUCAACUUCAAACCCCUCCUCUUUCCAGAACCUAUAUAUACGAUUUAUUAUUGAAAAAUUAAGCCUACUUCAUAAUUUUCUUUCACAAUCUCGGUGUACAACUUUAACCAAUAAUAACUUUGAACAUAUGAUCAUAUAUAAUAAAAAGGGAAAACCUUUGACACUGUUGAGGUGGUGCUGGUGAGAGGAAGGUGGAUAAUGGCGCUGACAAGCAGUAGCGGGAUCAAAGACAGAGACGUGAAAGAGGAAGUCAGUCUGAUAUGUAAACACCAGAAAAUCACCCACUUUCAGAUUAUGGUGCAGACAGAAUUCCUGCCAACCAUCUUUGAAAUGGCGGCCACCUUCGAUUUUAACCACCCAACGACGCUGUGGCUCUGUCAUGAGCUCCACCUCCUUCAGCAGAUGACCAUGUAGCUCCUCAUCCAACCGCUUCAGAAAUGACACUGGAAUUGACUGCAUGCAACAAGAGUUUGUUAUUGCUGGAAAUUCUAAUUUUUACAUAAAUGUAGGAAGCAGAAGAAGAGGAAAUUAACAAAUUAAGAGAGAGAUGGAAGAGACAUACAAAGGUAUUAAUAAAACCAGGGAUUAGAGGUUGCAUAAAUCGAACAUUAUUGCAGCAGCUGCUUAAUUUUUCUUGUGAUGAGCGUUUCUGCAUUUUUGGUAUCUGGGAAUCAAUUCACUUGAACUAAAGUGUAUGUCAAUUAACUCAGCAUUUUACUUUUCUUUUUCUUGUUUUCAUUAUUUGUUGAAUUUCUUUUCUUUGGUUUCCA